AUGAUGUCAAUGUACGUAAACGGUGUGAGCAGUGCGUGCGGCACGAUCGUGAACACCACAGCAGCGUCCAUUACAGCAAGGUUUAACAUCUUUGCCAAUCGCUAUGAGCACGUCUCGUGCACCGCAUGUACAUGCGGCGACCUGAUCGAAUGGAGCCGUGAGCUAACCCUUGCAGCCCAUCCCGGUGACGUUGGACUUGUGGGUCAGGUCGGGCCGCUCAUGUGGGUGGACCCAGCUAUUCUUGUGAGAGCCGCUCAGCGUGAACAGAUGGCAAAUCAAUGUACAGUCGGUCAAUUGGUUAACGAUGUUUGGGGCGAGCACACAGCCGUGGAAAAGAUGUACUCCGUACACUUGGUUUCAGCUUCGAUUGUGAGCAUCGCACUCGGAAUGGGAGGGAACAGUGCAGCCAUGGCGCCGUAUGGGAGAGCAAAGCCAUCAAUCUCACCAGCAAGUAUGCUGGCCACUGCGGCAAUCAGCGCCGCUCUUGUUGAGCAACAAGCAGUACCCGGUCGAUAUCGGAUACUUACACGGCUUGGGGAUAGGAACCUCAGUGACAAUAGCAGACCUGCCGCUGGGUUGCAGCUACCGACUGACUGCGAAGCGUAUCUCGAAGUGACUGAAGUGGCCAGUCAAGCCGCGUAUCGAUCAUCUUUCUGUGUAAACUUGGACAAGGCCGACCCCGGUAGCGAUGCUGGUGCCAGCAAUACACCCGCUUGA